AUGCUGCGGGCCCGCGCAAGAAACUCUGCGGCGGCCCCCGAGCUGGCGCUGACGCAGGAGACCUCGGGCUUGUCGGGGCGGCAGCUGGCUGCGGGCGUCAAGGCGCUGCAAGUGCUGCACCUUGAUGAGCGGCACAACCAACUGCUGCCCAGUGACGUGCUGUGCUUCCUGAGGGCUGUCGGACUGAACCCCACUCCCGAUGCGCUUGAUGUGAAGCUGCGCGCCAUGAAGCUGCACCACGCCCAGAGCAUCACAUGGGGCCAGCUGACGCACGUGUGGAGCGCCCUGCUGCGCGAUGUUGCGGAUGAGGAGGACCUGCUGGUGCGCGCUUUUGAGUUUUUCGACAAGGACGGCAACGGGGAGAUCAGCAUCGCCGAGCUGCGCACCACCAUGGCUGAGCUGGGCGGCCUGCUGAGCGAUGCAGAAAUCAUGGAGUUUGUGGGCCUCAUGGACGUGAACGACGACGGCGCCAUUGGGGUACGCCGGGGGCGGCUGCACGGAAUGCUGAAUGAGCGGGGCUUUGACUGUCAGCCCCAACAGGGCGCCUUGAGCGCGACCACAGCUUCGUUGACCAAAUGA